UAGGACGCGAUUCGAUUGGAAAGGAAAAAACAGAACGGGUCGCCCGCCCCAAACGCGUGUCCCCAACCUCCACUCUCUGCCUCUCCCGAUGGAAUCCACCGCCGCCUCCCCUCCUCCCAACCAGCAGCCAGGCUCCCGCCGCCCCCAUGCUGCCGGCGACCACCUCCCACGCGCGCCGCCGGCGACCACCUCCCACGCGCGCCGCCGGCAACCACCUCCCCUGUGCCGCCGGCGACCACCUCGCUCGCGCCGCCGGCUACCUGCUCCGCGCGGCGCCGCCCCCAUCCCCGCGAUGCUCCCGGCGGCGGCCAGGCUCCCGCUGCCCCCGCGCCGCCGGUGACCACCUCCUACAAGCGCCGUGGAGAACUGCCUCCCACGCGCACUGCUGGCAACCACCUCACCCGCGCCAUACAAUCCCGGCCGAUCCAAGCUCCUACCGGUCGCAGCCGCCCUCCGUCCGCCGGAGAUCAAGCUCCCCCACGUAUCCAUGGUCUCCGCCGCGACCCCCUCCCGUGCGUCUCCCGGUCAACACAUCUCCACCCGCCACAGACCACCGCGGCCUCCUAGGUUCUACCGUCGGCGAUGAGCAGCUCGCUCAUCCCCUGUCCUCCGCGAGGCGCCGGUCUGCCCUCCCCCAUUUCCCCGAUGUGCCGCUCUCCCUCCUGCCCAGCUGCCACCGGCGCCCUGGAUUUUUUUUUGGGAGGUCAGAUGUUUCAGUUCAGCGAAGCACAAUCUUCGAUUCGCGACAGUACAAGGCAGUGGCAUGAGUGCAGUACACAUACUUGAAGAUCUGCAACGCAACUUUGGUUUUGGAUGAUUCGAGCUGAAAUAUGCGUCUGCAUUUACGAGGACGAGCGAUGGUAAUGCCAUCGGAAAUGGUGUGGUGAAGGUCUUCGACGCCGCCGACUGUUCGGAGCUUGCAGUGCAGCAUCGUCUGCGACUCCGCUGUGCAACAGCUUCUCCAAUUGAGGGGAUUUGGGAUUUUUCCAUCUUUGUUUUCAGAUGUGAGCAAUACAAAAUAGUCUAACAGGGCAGUUCACCUAGCAUGAGAGAUGUAAAACUGAUUCUGAGAUUACACUUGUUUUCUCCCGGCAGUUCAUACAAACUUGGAACAGGGGGAGAGCAACAUGGAUGACACUGACGAGGCAGUAAGGAGGCAUUACACGUAUCAAACAAUUCUUCAUUCAGUGUGGUGCAGAAUUAGAAUACAAUAAUACCGGUGCAAGCAAAGAAAAAUGAAUUAAUCAAUUGGCUGGAGCAGCUAGCUUUUAAUGUGUAGUUUUAAUGAUGUGCUGCCACAAACAUAGUCACUAUGCGCAUGUGUGCCAUUCUUGUGAAUUUACAGGUUAUUUGUCAGGUAGUUACGCACAAGUAAGAUUGCUAUUUUAACCAAUAAUUUACAGGAAGUGCAAGGUAUUGAUCCCGGCCAGUACACUUCGGUUCUAAAAAAAAUUACAGUCAUUCCGAAGCUGCAAACUCAUUGUGACAAGCCAGCAUUGUUCAGUGAUACUAUGAAAAAAGAGCAGGAGGAUCCACUAUUGUUCUCGGGCAUCAUUUCUA